GGCGUGGGACAAAACCGAAUUUGUCAUACUUGAGGAUUUGGGGUUGUGAUGUUUACGUUAGACGCCUCAUGACGUCUGGUAAGCUAGAUUCCAAAUCUGACAGGUGUAAAUUUGUGGGAUACCCUAAGGAAACGAAAGGGUAUGAGUUCUAUCAUCCGACCGAUAACAAAAUCUUUGUUGCUCGGAACGGAACCUUCCUUGAGAAGGAGUUUCUCUCUGCUAUUUCUAGUGGGAGAAAGGCUGUUGAGAACACACCAUACGAGCUAUGGCGUGGGACAAAACCGAAUUUGUCAUACUUGAGGAUUUGGGGUUGUGAUGUUUACGUUAGACGCCUCAUGACGUCUGGUAAGCUAGAUUCCAAAUCUGACAGGUGUAAAUUUGUGGGAUACCCUAAGGAAACGAAAGGGUAUGAGUUCUAUCAUCCGACCGAUAACAAAAUCUUUGUUGCUCGGAACGGAACUUUCCUUGAGAAGGAGUUUCGCUCUGCUAUUUCUAGUGGGAGAAAGGUAGACCUUGAAGAAAUUCGAGAACCACAAGAAGAGAUCUCAAUAGCAGUGGAACCCGAGCGUCAAGGUUUAGUAUCUCGACCGGCUCAGACUUGGUUGAGCGAGAACUUCGCCAUGAAGGACUUGAGGAAUGCUAGUUAUGCCCUUGGCAUAAGAAUCUACCGUGAUAGAUACCAGGGGAAUCUAGGUGAAGCACACUGGACAGCGGUCAAGAACAUCCUAAAGUAUCUUCGGAAUACUAAGGAUGCAUUCCUGGUAUAUGGAGGUGAGGAAGAGCUGAAAGUGAUCGGUUACACUGAUGCCAGCUUCCAAACCGAUCGAGACGAUUACAAGUCACAAGUAGGGUAUGUGUUUUGUCUGAAUGGCAGAGCAUUUAGCUGGAAGAGUUCUAAAAAGGACACAACCGCCGAUUCAACUACAGAGGCUGAGUACAUGGCUGCUGCUGAAGCAGCAAAGGAAGGUGUUUGGAUAAAGAAGUUCAUUUCUGAACUUGGAGUGGUUCCUAGCAUUAAUGACCCAAUCCCGUUGUUUUGCGACAACACUGGGGCCAUUGCACAGGAAAAGGAACCACGAUCUCACAAAAAGACCAAGCACAUUGUACGACUCCCAAGCAACUUGGGGUUCAGCCAUUCGAUCACCCAAAAACUCUUGAGCACCAGAAAGACGAAAAAUGCUCGAGUGGAUCUGUCAAUCGAUGAGGGCAGGCUGAGGAAAGCUUUUCUCAAGAAAGCUGUUGAACGAUACGCGAAUUUUACGUACAAUCAAAGGAACCCAACUCAAUUGAUGAAGAAGAAGAUGGACCCGAGGCCAUUUGAGCAAUUGAAGAAGGCAGAGAAGAAAGGCGGGCCUGUGCAGUUGGAUGAGGUUAUCAUCCACACAAAGACAAAGAAGCACGACGGCAAGACUUGGGUGGAUCCGGAACAUGCUGAGCUACAAGAUGUUCAGGUCCACAGUGAGCCAUUGAGGGAUGAUUGUCUGGUCAAUCCCAAGAACCUCUUUGAUAGACCAUGCGAAUAUCUUGAUGUUAUCGUGGAUGACUUUGAGUAUCUGGUCCUUAAGCAUUGGGUCUACAUUUUACCCCAUUCUGAUGGUUUUAUCACACUGAUCACUGUUGAUUAUCUCUUCUUUCACAUCCUCAACUGUAUGUAUGUAGAUGGUUCCACUGAUCCCAAUGUGGUGGACCUCAUUAGAGCUGCUGCAGGGAAUCAAAAUUAUGCAUUCUUGUUCCAAGCUGAGAAUGUUAAAGUAGUAGUGGACCAUUCACGCGGGCUUAAGUAGUUAAGCAAUAGACAUAGGCAUGGCAAUAAAUCAUCAUCAAAUAUGGAGACCAACACCCAAUCAGUCUUCAAAUCUUCUUCUUUCUUUUAUUCUUUUUUGUCCAUCUUUGUCAGACCUGGGAAGUUCUAUUCAGAUCUGUGAAGGAGGUCAGAUUGACAAAUAAAUUGACGGUGGUGACGGAGUACAAGCGUCGAUUGAUGAUGGCGUGUUGGAUCGGAGGGAGGAGCCCCAAGUUUCUUCCUUCUUCGUUUUUCUUUUUUUUGAAAUUGAAAGAGCACGCUAGGGGGACGACAAGUAGUGUGGCGGCAGCCGGAGUUGACGUGGUAGACCAUCAAGGCGGCCAUUGGUGAUAGUGGCGGAGCAGAAGGUUAUGCACUGGGACGAUACAUCCGAAUGUACAGAUAGAAAAUUGGGUGGAAAGGAAAAGAAGACAAGAGAUGAGGGAUGGAGGGGUAUUUUAGGAAAAUCAAAGGAAAUUUUAUGU